AGCCCCCACUGUCUGAUCUCUUGGCCUCGUCCCUCACCCGGGCUUGGCGCACAAUCCGGCAAGACCUAUUCCCAAUCGGGAAAUCCAGACACUAGACUCAUCAAGAUGGGUGGCCGUACCGGGUGGCCUUAUCGGGUGGCCUUACCGGGUGAAAUUGAGACUUUGAGUUCAAAGCCCCGUUUACAAGGCAGACUGACAAGGGGUGUAUCAUGGAAUGAUGCCGCUCUGCGCAGACCGGUCUUGGGUAUAAGACCAGUCGACGGAACCAGGUGCAUCUAGAUAUGUAGAAAGACAGACCAUUCCACUCUUCCCCCUCCAUUCAAACGCAGCCAUGCCUUCUGUGUCCGCCACUCUCUCUACUUUGCUCCUGGCAUUGCUACCAGCGGCGUAUUCCAGCCCCCUUGUUCCGCGCUUGGAGGUCAAGGACUACUAUCCCCAGAUCAAGCGACUCGCGGCCAUCGGUGACUCGUACUCGGCGGGAAUCGGCGCCGGAAAACAGCGCUCUGAGGCUGGUUCCGGAGAAUGCUACCGCUACGAUCAGUCUUAUCCGAGUUUACUCAAUCAGGACGGGCGACUCGGAGGCUCCGACGGCCACGAAUUUACGUAUUUGUCUUGUUCGGGGGACGAGUCUCCGCAGAUUCUCGAACAGGCGAAGAAGCUAGACGGCGAAUAUGAUCUGAUCACCAUUUCUGCAGGAGGCAACGACCUGGGCUUCAGUGAAAUCGUCCAAUCCUGCAUUUAUCGUGCGAUGUUCUGGAAGGAUUGCGAGAAGCCAUUGAAGCAGGCCGAAAAGGUGCUUGAAAGCAAAGAAUUCGAAAAAAACAUCAAAGCCCUCUUAAAAGAAAGCAAGAAGCACCUGUCCCGCGACGGCCAGAUGUACUACACGGGCUAUGGCAAAUUCUUCAACGCCGACACCACGCAGUGCAACAACGUGGAUUGGACAUUGGUCCCCGAUUUUAAGGGCACCAGGCUAGACCAGAAGCUGCGCGAGCGCACCAAUAAGAUCGUUAACGCGUUGAACGAGAAGCUGACUGGCUGGGUUGACGAGGCUGGAGGCAAGUUUGUGAACUACGACAAGUACACGGAUGGUUGGCUCCAGCGUUUCUGCGACGAGGGAGUCACAGAACGGAGCCCGUGGAUUGACUUCAAAGACGACGCCUGGAAUCAAAUGUGGUUCCAGAUGCGAUUUGCGAUCGAUGACCUGAAGAAAUGGGCGCUCGGGAUGCGGAAGAAGCGAGGCAUCAAGACAAGCGAUGAUCUGGACGAUUAUAAGCCCGAAGAAGGGAACUUCAGUGACAUUGAUAAGAGGGGGCUACCCGUUGAAAUAUUGAAGGUCUUUCACCCUACGCCCGUUCUGAACACCUUCAUCUCCAAUCUUAUCGUCCUCAUGGUUGCGGAGCGGCAGGCGCGGACCGAGAACCCAGACAUAUCCCUGGAGAAAAUCGCGCUGGAGGUCCAAGAGGGCACCUGUAAGCUGGAUUCAGAUGACCAGGAAGAAGACAAAGUGAAAUGCAACUCGGAGGAUCGCCGAGCCAUUAAAAACAGCGAGUUCAUGGAUCACAUCUACAAUCUAUGCGAGGAGGUGGAGAGUCGCCUCAAGAGGAAAGACGAUUGGCCGUACCUCCUUCACGCACAGAGUUAUGGCCCUUUGGUAGAAUUGAACAUCAAGAAGGAAAAGAGCGACGCCAAGCUCCCUGAUAAAGAAAAAUGCAAAACCUACUUGAAAAAGACCCUUGACGACUGCCGCAAGGGAAAGGAAUGGAAGAAGGGCGGCAGCAUUGUCCACGACGGCAUCAAGUACGAGUCCGCCAUUCGAGUCAAUGAUCACUUGUGGUGUGAGAACGCCGGUCCCGACCUGUCAGACAACGUGCAAUUAGAACUAUCCGAGUACAAAAAGGCCGCCGAGAACUUUUGCGGCCAGGGCGUCAGUCGAAAGGUCGGCAAGGAGGUGAAGGAAUUGACGACCUUAUUGCCGAGUCUCAACAGCAAGAUCAACCUUUCUAUCAAUAUGGGUGAUAGCCAGGGUGGAUGUCUUGGUCCCAAGGAAUACAAACCGUCCAAGGAGGAAUGCGUGGAGAAAUUCAUGAAGAUUGUCGGAAACUGCAAGGAAAAGGACGGCAAGAGCUACGGUGCCGGGGGAACCUUCGAUACGCCAACAGGAUGUGUUGAUUACAGAGCCGUAGGGCUGUGGAAACAAACCAUCCGGUAGGUCUGAGAUAGACUUUCUUUCCCAAGAAGGCGUCUAGUGGAUAUUUCUCUACAGCAUUACUGCAUCGAUGAUUCUCAAUAGGAGUUAUAUUUUGGAUCGUUAGCCAGGCAAUGUCCCUGUCCACAGUGGGUACAUCGACAUCAGCCAUUCACACUACAGUUUUUUCUCCAGUCAUAGUGUUAUGGGUAGAAUUCUUGAACAUUUGAAAUGCAUAUUGAAAGUC